AUGGGGUUUUCAGACGGCUUCAACCUCGGAAAAUCUCUUGGCUAUGAGCUAGUUACAAUCAUUGUGGGAAAGGAGAAGCGCAAGUUCGCUGUGCACAAGCAGCUUAUAUGCGAGUCCGUAACAUAUUUUCGUGGUGCGUUUUCGGCAGGAGGAUUCAAAGAAAGUCAGGACUGCAGUAUGGAUAUACCAGAGGAUGAUCCUGGGGUUUUUGAGUACUUCAUGCAUUGGUUGUACAGAGGAACAGUACCUGAAGCAAAAAUUCUUGAGAACUUCGAUCAGUUACUCGGUGUCUAUAUUUUCGCGGAGAAGCUAUGCGUCAAUGAGCUUGCGAACAAAGCUAUCGAUGCACUUCAAGCUAUAUCAAAAUCCGAUGACUUUGACCACACAUCUCCUACAUCUCCAUUACGGAAAUGGUAUAUUCAUGCCCUUGUCUAUGAUGCGUGGGACUUUGAGGCUUCUGUAGACAAAAAUAAGAAGGUGUUUCCGUUGGACAUGGCUCAACUAGUCACUCUGUGGGAGCUUUUCAAAGAUCAUCAGGAUCUUUAUGUGAGUUUCUUUACUCAAGUACAGAAGCAUUCAGCAGAAAACCCUCCAGAAUGUCAAUUUGAGGAGGACAAUUGGGAUGAUUGUUACUUUCACAGACAUUCAGAGGGAGAAGUGUGCCAUUUGAACACACCGGAAGUUAAACAGAAUGAGGAUUCUGAGGACGAGGCCGAGGCUUAA